CCCAUCGCGAUCUCUUUUGAGACAACAGUCUCACCCCCAAGCCGGGUACUUCCCUAAGACCAGGGAUCCUUGAAGCAUUGAGGCUUCAAUUCUUAGUUUUUGCCCUCAAUUUUUUCGGCAUUACCACAUCUGUUCAUAAUACUGCGUCACCCGAGCCGCAGCAACCCCCACAAAAGUGAUCUAGCAGUCAUUCACAUAAACUGCCCACAAUCAUGGCUCUCUCUCCAGAACAGACGCGCCGAAGCUAUCAAUUAGACGUGGAGCAGCCGGCAGUCUACGAGAUGUCGCGCCUCAAACCAGUUAUCCAGCCCUUCGCUGGAAGAAUUGGCGGUAACCAGGAAAUAGUCGUUGAUCGCAGUGAUCCCCAAAAUGCAGAUUUGCUCAAGAAAAUUCCCGAUGCGGCGCCUUUGAUGUCGCUCCGCGAAGGAAUUGACUUGCGCGGCUUUUUGGAUUUGGAUUUGUGGCGAUUCGGCUUCAUUGAGAUGAUGGGUACCAUGCUAAUGGUCUUCGUGACGGCCUGGGUCGCUGUGCGUCCACCUGGGUCAUCCAAUUUCGUGCCAUCUUCUGCAUCCGGUGUCUUCUCUACAACGACGUUCCUCGGCCCUCUAUUCGGGGGUAUCAGCAAUUGGUUCUUUCUGACGCUAUUCAUCUUCUCCUUCUCCAACGUCAGCGGUAGUCACCUCAACCCGACUAUUUCAAUCGCCACGUUCUUCGCACGUCUAAUUUCAUUCCCUCGAAUGGUCAUUUAUGUGCUCGGCCAGACACUCGGCGGCGCCCUCGCGGGCUUUAUUCUCCGCAAGGCGUACGGAUCUAGAGACUUUACCUGCGGAGGCUGCGCAAUUGACCAAUCAUUGGUCCCUGUAGAUGAAGCCUUCCUCUUGGAAUUCAUUUUCACCUUAAUUCUCAUCUUUCUGUCCUUUGGAGUGGGAUUGGACCCCCGGCAAGGGAAAAUUUAUGGAGCUGCGUUGUCGCCGUUUCUGGUCGGAAUGGUACUUGGAACGUUGAGCUGGGGCUCAUCGUUUGUGCGAGGCGGGUUUGCUGGUGCUUCUAUGAACCCUGCUCGGUGCUUUGGUGUCUAUGUGGCCACGUCAUUUCCGUCGUAUCAUUGGAUACACUGGGUCGGACCAAUUGUUGCAUCUGUGGCGCACGGAAUCGUCUACUAUGUGGCACCUCCUUGGGGGCAUUGA